GCUCAUUAAAGGGCUUUUCUCGUGUCAAAGAAUCUGAUUGUUCUGUAGUAAGUGGGUGUGUGUCACUUGACAUAAAUACCACGAGGGAGUUCAUUCUGACGUAAACUAGUGAGGGAAUCUCAUCACACAUCUGUCCUCGUAACUCUUAUUGAUCGUUGCGUCACUGAAAGAAAUGUCUCUCCGUGGGACUCUCGCGCUCCUGCUGUUCCUCGCGUGUCUUUCCCAGCUCAUCUUCACCGCUGAAAGCUUUAGGGGUGCAAGGAGGAAAGGGGGGAGGCCGGUGAGCCGAGGUGAUGAUAACAUUUCCGUGCGGAAAGGAAAGUUCGCGACCAAGGACAAAGCGCGGUGCUCGUGGGCGGCGCGCGGGGAGGACGGGUACACCAUGACCGUUACAUGCAAGCCUGCAGACGGGGAUGAAUUCGCCUGUCAGUACACUGCCAGGCCCGCGACGUGCACCGAAUACGGGUCGAAUCCCGAGGGCUAUUGGAAACAGAUCGCCAGAUCGGUUAAAAAGCAGAAGAAACUCUGCGCGGAUCCGCGCUCGAUGAUCCGAGCGGGCAUGUGCAGGCGCGCGCCGCCGGAUGCGCAUUUCAAACUCACCGAAACGAGGCGAGUUAAACCUCCCAGCACAGAGAAGACGCCGACAGCGACGAACGCGACGCCUCUAGAAAGUAAGCGCCAGUGCACGGGACGCGCUGACCACAGCGAGGUGGCGAAAGAGAAGUGCGGAGAGUCCUGGGCGAGCCUUUGCGCGUUCCUCUUCACCGUGAUCCAGAGCGGGGACUGCUGAGCGCGCGCUUGAGGGCACUGUUAUAGCCUACUACUGAUUGUUUUGUAAAGGUGUAAAACCUCGCGUUUUUUUAUUAUAAACAAUAUGCACUGUAUUGAUUCUGACAAUUGGAAAGGUGAGUCGAGAAGCGCUUGUUCCCAUCACUUGUAUAGUGGCACUAAAUUGAUCCUUCACACAUUUAGGACUACGGUUUUUAAUGAUGACAUUCAAUCGAAUUACAGUGAUAUGUCUAUUUAUAUCAUGUUAAAUAUUACAUUUGUAUUUAUAUUUAUUAAAUGGGAAUUUCGAGGGAUGUACGGAAAGUAAAUAAUUUAGAUAUUUGAAGUUAUUUUUUAUUUUUAUUUAAAUAGACGACCAGUCCCAGUGGCUUUUUGUUGUUACUUUUAUGAUCAUUGACUGUAAACCAGUUGUUUUAUAUCUUUCAGUGAAUUUGAUUUUAUCAAGGGGCAAGAGAAGCCCUUUAAAUGUGUAACAUUGUGCUUCAACAGUUACAUUCGCAAAUAUAUGUACAUUUAUUUUUCAUAAAAAUAAAUUGGAUGACGCUGGAUGAUCACCUUCAUCAUCUCGUUUUAAUACUCAGAUGUUGUUACACAGCAAAUGUACAUUAUUUUUGUCAGUCUACUGUAAAAUACAAGACUCACUGCAUUGUAACUGUAUUUAUGACAUGCAAAAUAAAUAUUUUUAUGUA